AUGAGCUCAACACGGACACCUUCCGAGACUGAAACGCUUUUACCUCGAGAUCCAUCAUCACCAUCAUCAUACGAUGAUCCCGAUCAUAAUGACUACUUAGAAAAGGACAGGCCGGUGUGCAUCGGUCAAUUCAAGAAAAAUGUCAAGAUCUGUAAGGCAUUACUAGCACCUGGGAUCUUCGGUUCCUUAGCUUUAGAAGUUGCCCAUCUAUUUAUGGCUGUUCAAGAGCAUCGCAAAAUUGUAGAUGGAGAUGAGUUCAUACGGCAGACUAAAUAUACUGCGAUGGGACUGGAUAUAUUUGGCGUGAUAGCAACAAGCUUCUUGGCUGCCUUGUAUACCCUCACUGUAUUCAAGCCAAUUAUAAUCCGUGCCAUCCUCCUAUCUCCCAUCCCAGAAAUCUCCAACCUCCUUCUGCACCGUGCACUCUGCGUGUUCAACUUCAUCCUUCUUCUCCUGCUUAUCAUCAUUCAUCCAUUACCUGGAAUAUGGUAUACCAUCCAAACCCACGAAUCUUCACCUACCUUAUCUAUUCCCAAUUCCACCCUAGUCUACUAUCUCAGAACGGCAUUUUUGUGCGCUUCGUUCCUCGUGGGCGGAAUGAUGAGGAGAGGCCCGAAAUUGUACUUCGAACCUCCAAGGUUGGGUACGGGAUUCGGACUGAACGAGGUGAGAUUGACCCAAAAGACGACUAGACCCAAAGGUGAUAGUGGAGUAAGGAUCAAGUUAAAUCCUCCUCCUGAAGAGGAGGGCGGGGUGCAUGGACACGUACCUUUGUCUGGAAUCACCAUCGGAAGCUCUGAGGAAGAUAUCAUUGGAUCGGUGGAGGAAGGCGAAGGAGAAGAACAGAGUAAUGUAUUGGAUUAUGACAAUUCAUCGAUGUUGAGUUUCAUCUUUCUUGGUUAUAUUGGUAAUUUAGCUUACACAUCAAUGAAAGUUGAAAGUCUGGUCCAAGACGAUUUGCCUCUACUGGAAGAAAGGACUAGAAAUAGCGGUAUAACAGAGAAUGUCUUUUCUACGGAUGAUAAGAAUAAAGCUCAUCUCAAUAUUCAUAAAGUGACAGGGUGGGAUCUGGUUAAAUCGAUGUGGAGAGGUAAAGGGACAGCUGUAUUUAUUACUGCUGCCUUGGAGAUAUUUAGGAACCUCAUCAGUUUCGUUCAGAUCGCUGCGAUGCAUGAGAUCAUACAGUCGUUCAAAGAGCCUAAAGGGUCAGAUAAGAGUUAUGCGCAUUUGAUGUGCUGGGGUCUGUUGGUCGGUCAAGCGGUUGAAGUUUUGCUGUCUUCGUAUUUAUACGUACGAGAGAAUUACCUCCUCCAUAUACCGAUCAGGAUGAAUCUUAGUUCUUUGCUGUUGUCGAAAAUUCUACGAACAACGGAUGCGAAAGCUCUUGAAGCGCAUAAUGUUUCUCCCGGCGAUAAAGCAGAUGGUAAUCAGGGUAGAAGUCAAGUCAUGAACUUAUUCACUAUUGAUACUGGUAUAGUCGCCUCGAUGGCUACUCACAUUUGGGGUUUCGGUAACGGUAUGAUCACCUUGUUCAUUGGUGUUGGCAUGCUUUACGGUAUGCUAGGGGUGAGCGCGUUAGUCGGUAUAGCUUGUAUACCUUUGAGUAUGCCACUGUCGUAUCUGGUUUCGAAACUUAUCUAUCGCUGUGACAAAGAAUGGGCAAGAGCGAGAGAUGCUAGAACCGGUGCUCUGAAGGAGUUCCUAUUAGGUAUCAAAGUGAUCAAGCUCAAUGCGUUCGAGCCAUACUUUAUGAGUAGAAUCCGUCGGUUGCGUGAGGAGGAAGUCAGUUGGCAACGAUGGCGAUACACGUUAGGGACUAGCUUUAACAUUCUGGCAGAACAGCUGCCAAUAAUUGCUCUUCUGGUCAUGUUCGGCUUUCAUACUAAGGUAUUGCAUAGAUCGCUUGAUCCUGCCACUGCAUUUGUAGCUUUAAAUAUUUUCUAUCGGGUGAAGGACGGUCUCGGUACAUUCCCAAUGAUCAUCCAGGUAUUCCUUCAAAAUAAAGUAUCCAGCGAUCGUCUAAGUAGAUACUUGAGCCAGCCAGAAAUCGAUAAAUCUCAGUGGGAGAAUGCCUCUACUCGAAUCAUCUGUGAUCACGCUACUAUCGGGUGGCCUUCUGCCAAACAAGCUGUUACUGAUGAUGAAACUCCGAGGUUUAAGCUGCAGGAUAUUGAUGUUGAGAUCCCGGAAGGGAAGUUAACAUUGCUAUGCGGACCCCUAGGAUCUGGGAAAACAUUAUUGCUUCGAGCUUUCCUCGGAGAAGCCAAUAUCGAAUCAGGAGCGGUUCUUGCUCCUCGCUCAUUACCUGAUUCGACACCUGUCUAUCCUCGAAAUCGUCAGUGGACCACUGAAGAAUGGUUGUCCGAUUCUAUCGCCUAUGCACCUCAGCAAAGCUUCAUUAGACAUGGGUCCAUACGUGACAAUGUCCUCUUUGGUCAGCCCAUGUGGAGAGAGAGAUAUCGUGAAGCGCUGAGACAGGCUGCAUUGAUGCCUGAUUUGGAGCUGUUCAGCGAAGGCGAUUUGACUGAAGUUGGCGAAAAUGGUGUAACUUUGAGUGGUGGGCAGAAAGCGAGAGUCAACUUGGCAAGAUGUCUGUAUUCGCCCGCAAAGACAGUCUAUCUGGACGACAUCUUGUCAGCUGUCGACGCUCAUACGGCCCAAUACAUCUGUAAUGAGUGUCUGAAUGGCUUCUUACUCCGAGAUCGUACGGUCGUUCUGGUCAGUCAUCAUGUAUCUCUGGUACUCCCAAUCUCCAACUACAUCAUUUCAUUAAGUAAAGGUGGACAAGUAGAACAAGCAUGUCCGGCAAGCGAGGUAUCGUACUCCAACUUGGUUGACAUCGCACCGGCCGAAUUAUCAAUCGAUGAACCGUCGGAAUCACCAGGGGUAGCCAAAACUGCCCCUUAUCGUCGCCAAUCGCAUCAUUUCGAAGAAAGAGACGAAUUCAGUGGUGUAGCCCGGCAUCUCUACAGAGAAGAACACAAGUCAGUAGGGAGGGUAGCGUCAAACCAUUACCUUAUGGUAUUCCGAUCUGCUGGAGGGUUCUGGUACUGGUCUGCGUUAGCUUUGGUAUAUGGGAUCUACCGGCUUGUGGCUGUUGCACGAACAUUUUGGUUGGAAAAAUGGACUUCUGAUCCUGAACAAUCACAUAUCAACUAUUAUCUCAUGGUCUACGCCGGAAUCUCAGCUGGGUGUAUAGCCUUGGGUUCAUUCAAAUGGGUUUGGUUAUACGGUAUUCGAAAUGUUGGUUUCUACAGUGCUGGAAGUAAGAAAAUCCAUGAAUCCCUACUUUCAAAGGUCUUCCAAGCGCCAUUGCAGUUCUUCGAAACUACCCCUCAUGGGAGGCUGUUGAAUAUUUUUGGACAGGAUGUAUAUAGGUUGGAUUCUCAGUCGGCUGAUGGGUUUGGACGUCUCGGACUAGCUACAGCAGCCGGUGUAGUCUUCGUCAAGACGCCUAUCAUCUCUCUUGUCGCGCUCAUAUGGGGUAUACCUUUUGUCUGGAUCAGUAAUCAACUGAACAAGCUUCGAGCGGAUAUCCGACGAUUGACCGCGACUGCUUCGUCCCCUCUGUAUUCACUUUACAAUGAGACCAUCGAUGGAGUUGUGAUGGUAAGAGCAUUCGGCCAGAACAAGCUUAUGAUGCAUUCUAUGAAAGUGAUCAAUAAUCGAGAACGGGUGACAUGGUUCGCGGCUUGGGCAGUGUAUAACUGGGUUCGAGCUGUUAUUAGGUCAUUCGCCAGUGUCGUAGUCGCUGCUACGGCUUUUGCGUUGAUCCGACAGGACUUGUCAGCUUCACAAGCGGGAUUAAUAUUAAACUUUGCAUUGACCGUAUCUACAGGAAUCUUCAGCUGGGUCGAGCAAUAUAGUAACCUCGAAGAAACAUUCGUUAGCGCCGAACGGAUCAAUCACUAUAUCACCAUGCCGGACGAAGAAUCGAGAGAAGGCAUGAUACCGGAAAGAUCAUGGCCUAGUCGCGGUGAAGUCAAAGUUCAGAACCUUCAAGUGAGAUAUGCACCGGAUCUUCCGGAAGUUCUGAAAGGUGUAUCGUUCAGCAUCAAACCUGGCAUGCGAGUCGGUUUGGUCGGGGCUACCGGAUCUGGGAAAUCGACUUUGGCUCUCAGUUUGUUUAGAGCGAUUGAACCUCAUGGUGGUACGAUCACCAUCGAUGAUAUCGAUAUCAGUCAAGUGGCUUUGCCAGAACUGAGAAAACGGCUCAAUAUGGUGGCUCAAGAUGGGAUGCUGUGUAGUGGUACUCUGAGGGAUGCCUUGGAUGUAAUGGGUACCAGAGAUGAUUAUGAGAUUUACGAGGCUCUUCGUCGAGUACAUCUCUUAUCGGAUAGCUUAAGCAAAGAUGAAUUGGAUAAUAACCCAUUCGCGAACCUCGAGACUUUUGUUGCGAUCGAGGGGGGAAAUUUCAGUCAAGGGCAAAGACAAUUACUGUGUCUUGCUAGGGCAUUGUUGAAGAGGUCCAAGAUUCUUGUCAUGGAUGAAGCCACUUCAUCCGUUGAUUUUGAGAUGGACGCCAAGAUCACCGCUACAAUCAAAGAAUGUUUUGCCGACACCACAAUGCUAGUCAUUGCACAUCGUCUAGCCACUAUCAUGCAAUAUGAUCGGGUCUUAGUCUUGGAUCAAGGUCAAAUCGUCGAGUCUGGUGAACCCCUCAAAUUGAUGGAAGAUCCUACUACGAUUUUCUACGGGCUAUGCAUGGCUCAAGGUGAAGAAGAAUUUAAUAAUCUUCUCACCAUUGCUCGUGCUUAA